UCUCCUGCGGUUCGGUAUGAAAAACGAAAAUUCUCGGUGUCCAACGGUGGCCAGAGAAGUACUACGCAUCCAUCAGCAUCAGCCGAGUGCCUGAAAUUGCAUUUUAAAAAUAGCCAUUUUUCUAGUUUAAUGGAAUAUUUUUUUUAAAUGUUUCGGUGCGAUCACGGAAAAAUUUGUAAUGGAAAUGUGAAAACUAAUGAGCCAAUUUUGAAAUAAAGAAAAAAAUAAAUAAAUUCUGUGUAAAAAAUCGCGAAUUAAAACGCCAUAAGUUUUCUGUGCCCAACAAAUAAUUGUUAAAAAUCAAAAAAAAAAUUCUUUUUUGAAUUUUAUAUAAGAAUUUUGUAUGCCACCAUCAUCAAGAGAAAAAAAAAGAAGAAAAACGAAUCGGGGAAAAAUAUACACAAAAAGGCAAAUAGCAAAAUAUGUAUCUAAAUAAAAUAAAACAAUUGCUCGAAGUGCCAUUAUGGAUGGAUGGAUGGCUGAGGCCAAAAAAAGAAAUUCUCUAAACAGCUAAAUAAUUUUAACACCUUGAAAUACUGAAGCAAAAAAAAAUAUAAAUAAAUAAAACAAAACAAUUGCCGAAUAAAAUUUAAAUAAAAUAUUUAAACAAUUAGUGAUUCCACAAACAUCAAUUUAAAAUUCAUUCAACUUUAUCCAAAGUCCAAGACCAAUGUGACGUGAAAAAAAAACAAGAAAAAAAGGAAGGUGAUAUUUAUUUCAAAACAAAAAGUAAUAGAAAAAUGUCGAAGAAACCACGAGGGAGCAUCCAUAAAAUUCGACAGUUUGAAUUGGAAAAGAUACAUUUGGUCGAUGAAUUUGAUAUUUUACAAAUUGUGGGCGAAGGAUGGUUUGGCAAAAUCCUGUUGGUCGAACAUCGGGCAUCGCACACAGAAAUGGUGCUAAAGGCUGUACCCAAACCCUAUGUCUCGUUGAAUGAUUUCUAUCGCGAGUUUCAUUAUGGCCUACAUUUGGGAAUACAUCGGAACAUUGUGACGACCUAUGAUGUGGCAUUCGAGACGGCGGGAUUUUAUGUGUUUACACAGGAGUAUGCGCCGUUGGGUGACCUAACCUCAAAUGUCACCGAUACCGGUGUGGGUGAGGUUUACAGCAAACGUGUGGCCAAACAAAUUGGUUCCGCCUUAGAUUAUAUGCAUUCAAAAGACAUUGUACAUCGUGAUGUAAAACUAGAUAAUGUUCUGAUAUAUCGUUCCGAUUUCACACGUGUUAAGCUGUGCGAUUUUGGUGAAUCCUUUCAGGCCGGCACCCUUGUGGAAAGACGCAACGAAUGGCUGCCCUAUAGUCCACCAGAAGUAUUAGAUAUUAAACCGGAGGGAACAUAUAAAGCCGAUCCCAGUCAUGAUGUUUGGCAAUUUGGCAUUGUAAUAUUCGUCUGCCUCACCGGCUGUUUGCCCUGGCAAAAGGCCGCCUCCGAUGAUCCACGGUACAUGCGUUACCUAAUAUGGCAAAAUAGUAUGAUGUUGGCCAUGCGGAGAACACCGAAACUUUUUAAAUUGCUGACAUCACGAGCGCAGCGGAUGUUUAAACGUUUCCUAGAACCUCGGGCAGAUCGUAGACCCAAAACUCUAACGGAUUUGACCAAAUUCCUCGAUGAUCGUUGGUUGGCCAAGACGGCAGAAAAGGAAAUGGCCGAAUACGAAACGGAUGAGUUGUGUCCCUCGAUGUAUUCCUUUCACAGCAGUCCGGAUGAGAAGAAUCGUUUGCUCUUUAAUUUGGCCGAUUGUGGCAUAGAGACCAAUGUGGAUAGGCACAUCAAGAAGAUAAGGAUCAAGGAGUGGAUAGAGUCAUCGGUUAUUACCGAGGAGGAUGAGGAGGAACUGGAUGAAACCAAUUCCGCAUCAUCUCCCUCUUCGUCGGUUUCCCGAGAACCGGUACGUGGCCACAUCUCCUCACUGCGUUCUUCUUCCACGGAACAACCAAAGGAAAUUAAGACAACCCUAAAGGAUGCCAAUCAAAAACAUUUUGAUCCUCGCACCGGCGUCGUUCAGGUGGGACCCAGUGAAAUGGGCACAGCCCAGUUCAAUCAACGACAAAAAUCCGACAGCCCCUCUUCCAUGGCUAGCAACCUAUCGACCAUGAUGAAUAAUGACAGUUUGGCCGGCAGUUUGGUAACUCUUGGCUCCAGGGCCGAUUUGAUUUCCAGCAGCUUGGAAAUCUACAAUUCCACCAAUACCGAUUUAAAUCGCCUGGUAGAUCUGAGCCAGAGCUAUGAUCAGCUAAGCGAUGCCAAUGAGAAUUACACCACCAACUUUGCGCCCACACCGCCCAACAAGAAUUCAAUUGGUGUGGGAACCAGCAAACCCCUGGGGGGUAAUAAAAGUAUUUUGCAACGUUCCAAAUCGGAUUCGCUGAAAAGUGCCCUCUUUGCCAGUACACCGGCCUUGGAUGGAGGCGGUGGCGGCGGAAAGCAAUGGCAACCGGUACAGCCAUUGCAGCCACAAAAUAACAUCAACAAUAAAUCGGUGACAUUCUCGGGUUUGGCCAAUUCGCUGCAGACCAUGGCACCGCUGCUAAUGCCCGGCAUGGCAGCCACUUCCAAUGACCAAAACAAGCAGCAGCAACAACAACACCAACAAAAUUCUACCUAUCCCCAACAACAAUCCCAGCAACAGAAAAAUCAAAACAAUUUCUAUGACUCUCAAGUCAAAGACAGUGCCUAUGGUUCCACCGAAAUCCAUGAUUCCCAAUGGAACAGCUCCAAUGGCAAAAUGACCCCAACCAUGAAUGGUACCCGAGCUCAAAAUGGUGCCACCUAUUCCCCACACAUCAUCACCAUCAAUCCCAUAUCGACAGUACGUACCCAAAGUGCCCAGGGUCAAAGGACCUAUACGGGAGCCAUGACCACAACGAGCAUGAAAGACACCGCAUACGAUCGCAUCAAUCCGAACAAUUUCAAGAAGAGAAGAUGAGUUGGGCAAGAGAGGAAUCAAAUUAAUUUUAUUUUAAAUUUUGUAUUUUUUUUUUUUAAACCCAAAACUUAUCUGUCUGAUAUAUUUAUAAACAACCACACGCAAAAAAAAACAAUUUUAAUAUUAU